AUGUUGCCUGAAGAGGAGGAGGAGGGCUUUAAGCGGCUGGGGGUGCUGCAGUGGAGGGACACGUGGCGCGACGGGAUUCGCCAGUGGUUCUCGCAGCACCUGCUGAAGGCUCUGGUGAAGAAGAUCGAGGCGGCACCAAGCAAGCUGUCAGCAGCAGCAGCCCCUCUCGGCCUAUCCCUCUCCCUCGAACCUCUCCACAGCCUCGGAAACUCCACCGCACCUCCACCCUCAGGCUCGGCAGCUCUCGGCCAGACCUCCACCCCUGGCUCGGCAGGAGUGGCAACAGGAGGCAGCACUGCCCCCCCUGCAGGGUCCAUAUUUGGCUUGCACCAGCCUCAGCAGCAGCAGCAACAGCAGCAGCUGGCGGCACAGAAAGAAGCUGCGAGGAACCUUCUGGCAGCUAUAGCGGACUAUGAGCAUCUUAGGGACGUCCUUAGGGGGCACUGGGCCAAGGGGCUGCUGCCACGUGGCAGCAUGCCAUUGGAGUACAGCACGCAACGAAUCAAAGCCCUGGCAGAAGGUUCCUGUCUGCGCUGCUUCCAGUGGUCAGCAGGAGGAAGCUUCCUCACACGAGAUUCCAGCCGCGUCCUCACCUCCGCAACCACACCUGCCUCCGCCACUGCUCCAGCCACCCCGACCCACAAUUCCCUCCACUCCUCCUUUCCCUCUGAAGCUCCCUCCUCCUCCCUCCCCUCCUCUGUCCUCCCACUUUCCCCUUCCCCUGCCCCAAUCUCCCCUUCUCCCUCCACCCGUUCCUCCCUCUCCGCCUCUCAACCUGCCUCUAUUUCAUACUCGUUACAAGCUGCUCCAGAAGGAGUGUUCCUCGUGCCGUGGUCCCCUGACCUGCCCACUGAUGCCCAUCUACUGCUCUAUCUCUUCGCUGCACACCUGUCGCAUCCCCAUUGGCUGGAUGAAUACCUGCAAUCGCCACUGCCACAGCAGCAGCAGCAGCAGCAGCAGCAGCAGCAGCAGCAGCAACAACAGCAGGUUUCUGCAGCUGCUGCUACAGUGCCAGCCACAGCUGCUAGCUUCGCCGCCCAAAACCCCCUCGUCGUGGGCGGUUCUCUUCCCCGUGACCGCCUCUUGCCUCUUUUGUCUUCUUCCUCCUCUCCGUCGGCCUCUGCCCUCCUGGGCGGCAGGUUCACGGCCAUUGUGGGGUCGAUCCCACCAGCCACUGCCAGGCUGCCACCUGGCGCAGACGUGCUUGUGAUAACACGGGGUGUACCUCCUGUUUUGGUCCUUUUCUGGGAAGGCCAGCCGUCCUUCUGUCUACAGGGAAGGUUUGCAUUGUGGGAUGCUGUUUUGCUGCUGUGCCUUGGGGUGCAUUUGCACCAAGACCUCGGAAGUGCUUUCAUUCGCCUUAGCUCUGGUUUCCACGCUAUGGCGGCACAAGUAGCCAGUAGGCGAGGGACUACAGGGCAUCAACCGGCUCAACAAGCUAUCCAGACUUAUUCUAGCAGCAAUAACCUCCUCAACUCCUCGCAGCAGCGCAAUCUGAUGGGUCAUCCUCAGCAGCAAAUUCAGCAGGACAGAAUUAUACCAGCAGCCAGCCCUCGUUACAAUCCCGUCCGCAACAGCAACCACAAAACACAGAUUGAUAACCCAUUUAUUGACAACCCUGAAUACCGUCGUCCCCAGCCGCAGCCGCAAGAGCGUCAACAGCGCCGUCACAGACGCUCCUGCUCCAUGACGGACUUUGUCCCCGAUUUAAUCAUCCCCGACACGUACGCCCAGGCGCCAUUCCCAAAUCAAGCUCCCUCUGUUACGAACGGCGCUAGUGGUUCCAUACCCUACACUUUUUCCCCCGAGUAUUCCCCAGGGCCGGUCUCCGCACCUUCUGCUUUGCCUUUCUCUCCGACAGAGACUGUCCCGGAGAUUAGAACCAAGGCAUCCACGCCCCCUCCCGUUACGAGUAGUAAAGCGGCUCCUCCGCGCCGCGGCCGCCACGUCAGACGCAGUUCCUGGUCGGGCAAUCGACCAAUCAACUUCGACGGCGCAGCUGAGGUGGAGACAUUCGAGCUGGUAACCCCGGGCGACGGCGAGAUUCAAGGGGCGCAAAGCAACGCGGCGGCGUUUCCUCGAAGCAGGAAAUCCAUCGACUCCGAACCGCCGUUCCUCGUCGCACCAUCGCCCCGAUCGCGCGGCGACGUCGUCGGGAGAAGGGUCCCAAUCGGCCUCCCAACCCCCUCGCUCCCUUCCAUCCCUAAAGACGCUAGCUACAGCCGCAAAUCAUCUGGAAGUUCGACACCGCAAAUCACACCUACUAACGCGGAUGCCGAUGCUGACUCAGACGACGAGUUUGUCGAGCUGUACGGGAACGCCAGGCGGCAUCACGCGGAGGCCGCGCGCGCGUUGAACGCGCUGGAGAGGCUCGUCACUAGCUCUGCCAAUGGAGUGCCUCGUAGUAGCAGUGGGACAAAAAUUGGAUCGCCUGUCGCUCUGUCGCCCAUCGCUCUGUCGCCCACGUCUUCGCCAACAGCUUCGUCAGCGGCGGGCGAUAAGAAACGGUUUUCACAAGAUCGUUAUCCGCCGGCCCGUUCUCCAAUGUCAUCCCGCAUAUGCCGCUCGAUCUUCGGACAAGGCUCGGCGCGCAACACUCAAGUUACCGAAGCUGCAGCACCGGUGCCGUCAAGAUCUACGUCGAUGCAAUCUGCACCGUCGAUGAAGAGCCAUAGCCUCCUGCCCAACAGAGGGAGUACCGUGCCUACCCGCGUGCCUAGCAAGGCGCCUCAGAACAACCAAUCAGCCGCCAUGAACAAAGCGCCCCUGGCGCUGACUCCUACUGGUGUGACUGGAAGGUCGGAGAAAGGUGCCCCAAGCUCCGACUUUCUUUCGAACGUGAAUGUAACCUGCAGUUCGCCAAAGUUAGCUCAAGGAGGGUCGCUGACCGCAGGUGGCGAUCGCCUCCUGCGCCGGCGAUCUCACGAUGACGGAAUCAGGUCUUCGCCAAUGGCGUGUGGAACACGGGUGUUACGGCGCGUGAGCUUCAGUUCAGAUGUGGAAUUUAUUUCAGAGAGGGAAUGA